CCUUCCUCCAAAUGGCUACAUUAACUGCGCAAGUGUGCGCUGUACAUUAGAAAGAAAGGGAAGUAAACUUUGAAAAUUUCCAGCCACUAAAGUGAGGAAAUUUCUCACAAGAGCGGGGAGAGCAGUUUCCUGAGCCUUUCCGGAGUCACUGCGAGGACAGAUCUUUGGAUUUACUCGUAUUCCGAGAAAUGGGUAGCUGCGUUUCAACUUCGAAAGUCAGCGGUUCUAACAGCAGCCGCGCAACUUCUUCCGCCGCCGCCGCCGUGAACAUCCGCAAGGCUGCAGCCACAAAUCCGCCGCAUUGUUCUGCUCACAAGGCCGGCAAGGAAGGGCGCGAGGGGAAUCAGCAGAAUCCCAGGAAGAGUGGGGUUGUUGCUUUUGGGAAAAGAACAGAUUUUGGGUAUGACAAGAAUUUUGAUGAAAGGUACAGUCUUGGCAAGCUACUGGGACAUGGCCAAUUCGGGUACACCUAUGUUGCCACUGACAAGUCCAGUGGAGAUCGUGUUGCUGUUAAGAGAAUUGAUAAGAACAAGAUGCUUCUUCCCGUAGCCGUAGAGGAUGUCAGACGCGAAGUCAGAAUAUUGAAGGCCUUGGCUGGCCAUGAAAAUGUGGUUCAAUUUCAUAACGCAUUUGAGGAUGAGAAUCAUGUAUAUAUUGUAAUGGAGUUAUGUGAAGGCGGAGAAUUACUGGACCGUAUUUUGGCCAAAAAAGACAGCCGUUAUACGGAAAAGGAUGCAGCAAUUGUAGUGAGGCAGAUGCUCAAAGUUGCAGCAGAAUGUCAUUUACAUGGUUUGGUGCACCGUGAUAUGAAACCCGAGAAUUUUCUUUUCAAAUCACCAAAAGCGGAUUCUCCAUUGAAAGCCACCGACUUUGGUCUUUCAGAUUUCAUACGACCAGGGAAGAAGUUUAGAGAUAUUGUUGGUAGUGCAUAUUAUGUUGCCCCUGAAGUAUUGAAGCGUAGAUCUGGCCCUGAAUCAGAUGUUUGGAGCAUCGGCGUAAUAACCUAUAUUUUGCUCUGUGGCCGGCGGCCCUUUUGGGACAAGACUGAAGAUGGCAUCUUCAAAGAGGUCCUUAGAAAUAAGCCCGAUUUUCGACGCAAGCCAUGGCCAAGCAUAAGCAACAGUGGUAAAGAUUUUGUUAAGAAAUUAUUGGCGAAAGAUCCUCGUAUCAGACUCACUGCUGCUCAGGCCCUUUCACAUCCAUGGGUCCGAGAAGGUGGGAAUGCAUCUGACAUACCUUUAGACAUUUCUGUACUGUCAAACAUGCGCGAAUUUGUCAAGUAUGGCCAUCUAAAGCAGUUCGCGUUGAGGGCAUUAGCGGGCACACUUCACGAGGAGGAGUUGGCUGACCUCAAAGAUCAAUUUUCUGCCAUUGAUGUUGAUAAAAAUGGUGUAAUUACUCUUGAAGAAAUGAGACUGGCUCUCGCUAAGGAUCUUCCUUGGAAGAUGAAAGAGUCACGUGUUCUUGAGAUUCUUCAAGCGAUCGACAGUAACACGGACGGGCUUGUGGAUUUCCAGGAGUUUGUUGCAGCGACUUUACACGUGAAUCAGAUGGAAGAACACAACUCAGAAAAGUGGGAGCAGAGAUCACAAGCUGCUUUUCAGAAAUUUGACAUUGAUGGAGAUGGAUAUAUUACUUCAGAUGAACUUAAAAUGCACACUGGAUUAAGAGGCUCCAUAGACCCACUCUUGGAAGAAGCGGACAUCGACAAAGACGGGAGGAUAAGCUUGUUGGAAUUCCGCAAGCUUUUAAGGACUGCUAGUCUGGGCUCUCGGAACGUUGCGAGCCCAUCUUCAAGGCCAGGCCCACGACACUAAGGCUCCGUUUGGACGAGGAGUAAGUUUGAAAGGUAAGAGCAAACAAGAGUACGCAAAAGGAACCUUGUUUGGAAGUGUACAUGUCACUCUUUUUCUCUUUUACUCCUCCCGACACUCAAUCCAAACGGAGUCUUAAACCGAAUAGAAGAAGCGUGCGUUUGUGUCCCGUCUACUAGCGGAGUUUCGUUCUUGAGAGGAUAUGGCUAUGCUUUGUCAAUCUGCAUUUGCCAUUGAAGAAGAUACAAAGAUGCAAAAAAAGGCUCUAAAGUUAGUUGGGUUUGAAAGAAAAAGAGAAAAAAAACAUCAUAUAUCCAUUGGGAGUGUUUUGUGUGUAUGUUAGUGGGAGAUGUGGGCAAUCAUGUCAUUUUGUUGUUCAACAUUGUGUGUAUCCUUCAAAGUUGAAUAAUAAUUUAAUAAAUAAUUAAACAUUUA